GGAAAGCCCCACAAAAACCAAAGAGAACCCAAAGUGUUCGGUCUGAUGCAUCUUAUGAUAGCCAUAGCUAUUUUGACAUGUCGGUUGGCAGCGAGAACAUGGAAAGGGCUCACAGAUCACCAUCAGACGACCACAGUGGUAGCCUGACUGACAGCAGUGGCAACGAAGAUGCUUCCUUGUCCGAGGAGUACGAUGAUGAAGGGAGCUACGCUGGAGUUGCGGAGCUCCCUGGCACCGAGGAUGGAGCCGACGAUGACGGACUCCCAGAGGCACGGAAUAGGUUGCAGAGUCUUGGGAGGAAGGCUCAGAAAGCUUUCAUGGUCGCCAAGGAGAUCAAAGACUCAGAGAAGGUGUUUGUUAACGUCCUGAAACUACUUAAUGUGGACUUGCGUCAGGUGAUUGAUGAAGGAAGCAAGAAGAAUGGAGGCAAGCCAGUCAUUGAGAAAGCGGCUUUAGAUCAGAUCGUAGGCCAUCUCCCGCACCUUCAGAUGUUCAACGAGUGUCUCCUCACCGAUCUUGAGACGAGAAUAAGGAAUUGGUCUACCACUCCGAAGAUUGCGGACAUCUUCCUGACCAAAGGCCAUUUCUUGAAGCUUUAUUCUACGUACAUCCUGGACUUUGAGCGCAUCACGGCAGCCUUUGAUGAUGCAUGCAACAAGAACCCAGUCUUCACUCAGGUUGUGAAGGAAUUUGAGAUGAGUGAACGGUGUAGGAGUCUAGCCAUCAAGCACUACAUGCUGAAACCAGUACAGAGGAUACCACAGUACAAAAUGCUACUCACAGAUUAUCUGAAACAACUAGAUGCGGACUCAGAGGAAUUUGAGAAGACAACAGAUGCUCUGGCCAUCGUGAGUGAAGUCGCUAACCAUGCCAAUGAGAGUAUGAGACAGGGGGACAAUUUUGAGAAACUUCUUGCUAUCCAACACAGUAUGAUUGGUAGCCAAGAGAUUGUCAAACCAGGCAGGAGAUUCAUCAAGGAAGGAGAACUUCUGAAGAUGUCAAGAAGGGUAAACCAACCAAGGAAAUUCUUCUUGCUGAGUGAUAUUCUACUCCACACAACACCAUUCCCUCCUGGUCAGUACAAACUCAACAAUGUACUCUCUCUUGCAGGAAUGAAGGUAAGACAAUCCAGCCAGGAGAGCCAGGAUAGCAAUGAACUGGAGAUCAUCAGCAUACAGAGAUCGUUCACUUUGCUUGCAACGUCAAAAGAGGAGUGUGAAGCCUGGUACAACGCCCUCACCAAGACGAUAAAUGAGUACGAGAACAAGAAAAGCUCCUUCGACCUUAUCAAACCAGAACAUAAAGGUUUGGCUGAGGGUGAUACAUCAAGCCUGGGUCGUAAAGCACCCCUGUGGAUACCAGACAGUAGGGUCACCAUGUGUAUGAUCUGUACUAGUGAGUUCACCAUGACCUGGAGAAGACAUCACUGCAGAGCAUGUGGCAAGGUAACGUGCGGCUCUUGUUCCAAGAACAAAGCAACUUUGAUGUACCUCUCUGACAAGGAAGCUAGAGUGUGUGAUAACUGCUAUGAAACACUGGUUGUAUCUCAGCGGAAAGAUGGUGAAGAAGUGAAAGAGAGGACCAAUAAAAAGAGCAGCAAGGGUAACAAGACCAAAAGAAGGAAGUCUAACAUAAACAGAUCAAGUGCUUUGAAGGUCUCGGCUAGGGAUGAAUCCAACUCGUCAAUGGGCGGAUACCUCUGGCUUAGGGUCCGGAAGAAAGAUUGGAAGCGUAUGUGGUAUCGUAUCAAGGAGAAGGUCCUCUAUACCUACAAGGCAAGCGAGGAUGUGGUAGCCCUGUCAAGUACACCGCUGCUUGGCUAUGCAGUCUGCGUUAUCAAUGAGACGUUUGAAGGAUACGAGUCCGGUUUGAUUCUCCAACUUACCCAGGGAAGGAUGAAGAUCAUCUUGAGAUCGGAGACACCUGAAGCAUGUGCAAGGUGGAACGAGGCUAUGGUAGAAGCCAGCUGUUUGGACUGAUCAGUCAGGUCUUACCCGUCUUUCACCCAGUCCUCUUGUGUGGUGUACCAGUGCCUUGGAGUAAAGGACCAACAGCGCAAUAAACAACUCAAGGACUAAAAGGUUAAUUCCACGAGGCAUGCUAAAAGAUGUCAACUUAGGAUUAAUGGUAUGAACCAUUUUGUUUUUGUGAAUAUUGUCUAAAAUAUUGAAUGUAAUUGAAUCAUCUUGCCCUUUUUGAUACUGAAAUGAGUAGUGAAGCAAUUGAGAUGAAUAACUUGCAUUCUCCCAUUUCUUAGCCAAAAGUCACUUUGUAUCCUUCACAUUUGCACGGCUCAUUGUAGUGUAAAUGAAAGAAGCUGCACUUUGUGAUUAUAAACAUUAUUCAAUGACUUAAACAUUUAUAUGUUUUACCACUACAGCGCUUGCAUCAUAAAUGGCAGUAUCUUUUCACGUAUAGGCUUUCUUAGUUUCUAGUUGGUACUCUGCCGAAAUGAUAUCAUUACAGUAGAAACAAAUUAUUAUGCCAUUUUCCCUACUAAAUUUACGAACUUUUUGGAAUCUUCUUGCAUUCCAUUUUGUUGCACGUGAUAUGGUGUAACACUGUUGGUACUUGGUAGUGCAAAAGCUAAUUUCACAGUGAGACGUAGUUUGCACUUAAUCAUCAAAACACCACUCCCCUUUGCAAUGUUUAAUCACUGGAAGCUAAUGAUGAAUAAAUUAUCUUAUAUGCAAAGUUCCUAAGUCUGUGCAACUUGAUGAAUGUUUUUUUUUGUAUGCUUGUGAUAGAGAAAGAUAUUUCAUAAUCCUUACUUGCAAUGUUCACCCACACAUGUAACUGUAUAGGAGCAACUUGUCAUAUAGUAACCAGUCUAAAGAGAAACACUAUCAAAGCCUUUUUUUAAAGAUAAAAACUUGCUUACAUUGAUGAUUUAAUCUCAAUUUUUUCUUAAAUAAAUAAUGGUCUAAAAACUUGAAUCUUGAAGAACCUUAGAACUUUUUAUGAUAGAAUUAUUGCUAUUAUUUGGUGUACAUAUGAGAAAUCAGAUAUUUAAUUUGUAACAUAAGUUGUACAGUAGUGAAAUAUCUAUACCAGUUUAAUGUGAUUUGUAACAUAAAUGGUCAGUAUGCCUUAGGCGUAUGACAAGUUAUAUGUGUAGGACAAAUGUAAGGUUUUAUCUUUCAUUUAUCAAGACAAAACAUGUGCUUACAUGAAUUGUCUUUGAAGGGGAAGAGAAUUUUGAUUUUAAACAUUGUCGAAUUUGACAACGCUUGAAAAAGUGGUGAUUUCUGAAAUGGCCAGUGGUCUGAAAUUAAAACCUUUCAUAAGGUGAAGAAUGAUUACACAGAUAUUUAACAAAAGCACGUGUUAUAUUCAAGAAAAAAAUAAUGGGGGAAGAGGCCUACUUUUCCUUUGAGCAUUUGGUGGCCAGAAAAUCUGUAGCUAUAGGAGUUUGGAAUAUUGGUUACCAAUAACUAAGCUUAUCGUAGAUUUUUUUUUUUUUCUUUUUCUUUUUCUUUUUUUUUCCAUUACUCAUUGCCAUACUCAAAAGAUUUAUGCAACUCGGUGAUGUACUUACAUGUUCUAUAUAUUCACUGUACAUACAGCUUCUUUCCACGGAGAUUUACUUCGAAUUCAAGCUAUUAAAAAAAGAUAUUAGAUGUGUAGAAGGAAAGGAGGUGGAUUUGCAAAUGUCACUUGUUGAACAUUGUUAUAAGAAGUCUUGCCUAGAUAUGGAUUGAAAACAAAUACUUAAAACUGAAGUUGGAAUAUGAAGAUGAAUAGUAAUGUUAUUAUGAGGAGUUACAGCUUCAAGUUAUUUUAUAUUUUAUUUUAUAUUUUAUUUGAGAUUACCAGUACAAAAAUUAUAUCAAUUUUUUCCCUGUCAUUGCGGCUUGAACCUCCUUGCACGUCUUGCAACUCAUCUGUACAGAACUUGUAUAUACAAAUUAUAUUUUGCCUUUUACAUGUUGUAAAAUUCUUGAUGAAUGAACUCGUCUGUUACCAUGGUAUAUGAAUUUCCUUGGCUUUUUACAAUAUUAUCAAUUGGAAAUAUUUCAUUGAGAAAACAAGAGUAUAUAUUCUUAUGUUUAUGUUUUGCACACCAUAGAAUAUCAUUGCAAAGCAUUGCAUAAUCAUGUUCACCGCAAUAAAAAAAAGAAAUAAAUGAAA